AUGUUUUUAAGAAGUUUAUCAAACAAGUUAAGAAAUUUAACAGGUUCACCAUAUGUAUUAUUUCCUACAUUAGUUUUGGCAUUUUUUAUUUUCAAUUUAAUGUCAACAAAAAUUAUGUCACAAUUAAGUAUUAAUUUAUUAGAUUCAUAUUUAAUAGGUUAUACAAAGACUCAAGCAAUUCAAACAUUAGAAUUAUUAGGACCAAAAGGUAGAGAUUUAUAUAUGACAAUGUAUACAAGUUAUUAUGAUAUUAUAUUUCCAAUUCUUUUAGCAAUUAUUGUAAUUUCAAUGUUAUCAAAAACAUACCCAAUCUUGGGUUAUGAAAAUCAAAAAUCAUUUAGUGACCUUUAUAAUUUAAUACCAAUUUUAGGUUUAAUUUUUGAUGAACUUGAAAAUUAUUGUCAUUAUCAAAUUUUAAAAAAUUAUCCAUCAUCAUCAAUUGAUACUUUUAUUUAUUUUGGUUCAAACUUUUGUUUACUUAAAUAUGUUUUCAUAUUUUUUGGAAUCUUUGUAUUAACAUUAGGUUUCUUUAUAAAUAUAUUUUUAUUUAUUAAAUUAAUAAUUUUUUCAAAAAAAAAUCAAAACCAAAAUCAAAAUCAAAAUAAUAAUAAAAAAUUAAAAUAA